AUGACUACACAGUUUGAGAACAUCUACCAUGGCCUCUCUCCCGAAGUUGGAAAGUUCCGUAUCGCGUCAAGCGGAAUGGCAUGGAAGGGCGAGGAUAGCGAGAAUAUGAUGGCAAUGACUGCUGCGGACAUCAAAUGGGCGCAGUGGAUGAGGGUCGCCCGCAACCAUCAACUGAGAAUAGGUCUUAAGGAUAGAUCAAGGGAGACAUUUGACGGCUUUUCACGAGAGGAUCAUGAUAAACUUGCGCAACUGCUCAAGCAGCAUUUCAGUGUGACGCUGGAGACGAAAGAAACCUCAUUCAAGGGUUGGAAUUGGGGAGUCACGGACUUCCAGGGCAUGUUUGGCCAGGACCUUGCAUUUCUUGUCUCUAACAAGACGGCUUUCGAACUUCCACUCGACCAUGCGUCAAACUCCAACAUCGCCGGACGGACUGAAGUCUCACUCGAAUUCGUUACGCCAUCAGGCAACAAGAAGGCUGCACGAAAUGCUCCAGAUGAGAUGGUUGAGAUCCGCUUUUACGUGCCAGGGACUGCCACCCGCGACCGGGGUUCCGACGCAGGCUCGCAGAAGUCAGACGACGAAGAGGAGAUCAGCGCUGCUCAAGCAUUCCACGACAUUGUGAAAGAGAAGGCUGAGAUCGGACAAGUUGCAGGCGAUGUUAUUCUGAGCUUCGAGGAAGUGCUCGUCCUCACCCCUCGAGGCCGAUACGACGUCGAUAUGUUCCCUGAAUUCUUGCGAUUACGCGGAAAGACAUAUGAUUACAAAAUCUUGUAUGGCAGCAUCUCGAGGCUGUUCCUGUUACCAAAGGACGACCAGCACGUCUUGUUUAUACUCAGUCUCAGCACACCCAUUCGACAGGGUCAAACUCGAUAUCAGUACCUGGUAAUGCAGUUCAAUCGGGAGGAGGAGAUCACAGCAGAGCUUAAUAUGUCUGAAGAAGAGAUUGCCAAAUAUGAGCGACUCAAAAAGAACUACGAGGACCCUACGUUCGAGGUUGUCUCUGGGGUCUUCAGAGCGCUCUCGGGUAAGAAAAUUAUUGGCGCAGGCAGUUUCCAAAGUCACGACGGACACCCUGGAAUCAAGGCUAAUUUGAAGGCUGUUCAGGGUGACCUCUUCUUGCUCGAGAAAUACAUCUUCUUUGUGUCCAAACAGCCAACCUUAAUUGAGCUCUCUGACAUUCACCAGGUCGUCUUUUCUCGUCUGGGUGCCGGCCUGGGUGCUACUGCCGCUCGCACGUUCGAUUUGAAAAUCGUCACAAAGAGCGGGCCAGAGUAUACAUUCACUUCGGUCAAUAAGGAGGAACAUGAGGGCACGGAGACGUAUUUGAAAGAGAAGAAGGUUAAGGUAAAGAAUGAAAUGAUGGAGGGCGAGCUCAUCUUGGCCGCGGACGACGAGGACGAAGAGAUGCAGAGCGUUGCGAGCAGCGGAGAGGAAGUACCGAAGCCCAGAUUGGGCGGCGAGGAUGACGACAGCGAAGAGGACGAAGACUUUCAGGCGUCAGAAUCCGAUGAAGGGUCCCCAACGGACAGUGAUUCAUCGGACGAAGGUGGUAAAACCGCCUCUGAUGCCAGUGGUGACCGCGAGUUCACCAAGGCUGCGAAGGGCAAGGCAAAAGCCCCAAAGAAAAAGGCGCCUGCGAAGGACAAGGUGCCAGAGAAGGACAAGGCGCCAGAGAGCGACGCUGAGGAUGAUGAAAAGCCUAAGAAAGCCGCUCCCCCUCGACCAAAGCCAAAGCCCAAGGCCAAGAAAGGCGACGACACCAUGGACGUUGACGAAGAGCGGCCGAAGCCACGGCCCAAACCUCGGCCCAAAAAGAAGGACGAUGCAGAGGAGGGACCAGCGAAGAAGAAACAAAAGAAAUCCGCAGACUAA